AUAUAAAUAAAACGAAAGACCACCACUAAAAACACCACGAUUCAUUCACAAAUAUCGAAAAGUACACAAUGGAAAACGGAAAAAGAUCAUCGGCGUCGACAAAAACCUGCAAGAAACACCCAAAACACCAACAAUCUCCGGGUGUUUGCUCGUUAUGUUUAAGAGAAAGAUUAUCGAAGAUAUCAAGUACUUCAUCACGUGCAGUGACGAACGUUUCUUCAUCAUCUUCUUCAUCGACUAUCUCUUCUGUGUCUUCGGUUUCUUCAUCGCGUGGAUCAUCCAAUGGCCCCUCUUACACGGCAUCUCCCAUGCAUAAUUAUCUGAAUCAACGUAAAACUUAUGAUGUUGAAAGAAAGGGAUAUCUUUCGUUCUUGAGAAAGAGUAGAUCAAUGGCUUUUGUUAGUGAAAAUAUUGUAGAAAUUGAUGGGAAACAGAAGAAAAGCAAUGGCUUUUGGUCAAAGUUGAUCGGCUCGAAGAGAAGUGAUGCACAGAAGCGAUCAAUGGAAGAGAGUUCAUCUUCAAGACUCAUGCAUUCAAAAACUAUGAGAGAAAUGUUGACCACUAGCGUUUGACUUUUUUGUAUUUUUAUUUUUAUUUUUUCCCGGACAAAAGAAAACCCUUUUUUUGGGUUAUAUCAUUUAUUGGUUUAUUGUAUAGAUGAAAUGUGGUAUACUUCAAAAAAGGUGCAAGUCAAAUUUGUACAACAAAAAAGAAAAUAAAACCUUGUUUUCUAUA